AUGAUUCAGAAUGAUCAGGAAUCAAGGCCAGCUUCGGACUCGUCGUCCGAGAACUCGGACUCCGAUACACAAUCGAUUGAAAUGGUUCGGAUUGCUGGUAUACCACUGGAUCCGAUGAACUACGGCACUAGAGCUCGCGACAACGCGAUACAUCCUUUGCUGUUCGACAGGAUCGUGUGCCGCAAGAUCAUGCCCAUGGCUGUCCGCUUCAAACUGAAUAUAGAGGACAAUCAGAAUGUGCUUCUAUCUUCUGCGAAGCAGUUUNUACCACUUCGGCACGCAAUCUGUGCUAUUACGCUUCUCAACAGUGGCAUGAAGAACCGUCCAGAACUCAUAGCUGGCUCCUUCCAGCACUAUGAUCGAGCGAUAACCGCUUGCCGCUCAAUGUCGCCUUCUGCAAAUUCAGAAGCCGUGUUCUUUCUGCAUUUCGUCCUUCUCAUGUAUGAUAUCGCUUGUGCAUCUCAGCGAUGGCCUGAAGAUCGCAGUUCGUGGGCGCUGCAUUUGCGCAAACUCGCCAGCCUGGCUCACGACCCUGCCGGAUCCACCGUUGGUCGAUUAAAAGCGUACUUGUCGUGGUACGUCCUUCUUCUAGAUGCUCAAGCGGGUCUUGCCGGAAACCCCGAAGCCGGUCACUUUACUCGCGCGUUCCUGGAAAAUGGUCGCUCGUUGCCUGUCUGGCCCAUCUCGCAUAGUCAGCAAAAAGUGCUCUCGACGCCAGAAGCCAUGGAGACCUUUUUACAAACUCACAAGCUGUCUCUGAUCACAUUCGAGAUGUUUGCCGAGCAGAGCCAAGCGUCGCUGAAACUGCGGCAAACGUUCAAGCACCGUCAAGUCGAGCUGCAAGAAAGACAAAAGGUCAUCUCAGAUCUGACCACUCGCCACGAAGAGCUCUGGCAAGCAAAUUGUCCACCCGGCAUGGAGUCUCUGGAAGACACGAGUGAUCUAGGCAUAAUCAGGGGAACCUACAACUUUGCUCGCCUGCAGUACUCGGUACUCCAAUUGCACUUGCACACAAGCAUGUAUCCCUUCCAAAGACUCGACGGCGAUCCAUUUGUCACAGAAGACGCUCACCACUGCACCUACAUAAUCGACACGGUACGCCAGAGCUUCAUCUACAACGACAAGGAAAACCACCAUCUGGCUUCUGCACUGUUUCUGGCCGGAGCAGCCACCAGAGUGCCGGCCGAAAAAGCUGCAGCACUCAUGAUGUUGCAGGAGAUGGAGCACGCAGGACUUUCGGGUGCUGUGGCGCGAGUGCGAUAUGUUCUCGAGCUGGUGGUCAGGCAGCAAGCGAAGAGGGAGAUUAGUGGUGGCAGUGCAGAUGGAGUAGACUGGAUAGAGUUGUCCAGAGAGCACGGGUUGAAAAACGUUGUGUUUGGCAUGUAA